CCAGUUUCAGCAGUUGAGUACAGACCUUAUUGUUAUACUGAGGUUGGACAAAUAUGGCUCCAGUUGCUCUCAAGCUAUUCGUUGUGUUGGUGUUGGCCUCUGUGGCCAUCGAUGCCGUUCAUGGCUGCGGGAUCAACGUCAGAAACGCCUGCGGCUACUCAGUCACUACUUGCGCUCAGAAUCAGCAGAAUCGGGUCAAUCAAUACAAUCUGGGUCCUGGGGCAUCCGUAUGGCUUGACUUCGGCAGCGGAUGCAAGUGGAUUGCUGGAACCGUGUGGGCUUCUGUGAAAGGACAGUGUGCUGCACCUAGCAGCGCCUUCGCUGCCAAUGACAGGAAUUUGGCCAACUUGGCUGAAUUCACUAUCGGAGAUGGUUCGGGCAGUGAUUUCUACGACCUGAGCAAUGUGAAUGCUUACACCAUCCCAUUGAGCAUCCGUGUCAUCAACCGUGUCGGCGGAGGAGAUAAUUUGAAUGACUUCAGAUGCGGUGCUCCCAAAUGUGUCAUCAACGAUAUCAGAGGGUUCUGCAAGGGUAACAAUCAGCUUGUUACUCUUCCUUCUGGUGCUCUGUCGUGCAUCAAUACUGAUGGCACCAAUGGACGAGGCCCUACCGACGGAACUAGGCUGUUCAAACAAGCAUGCCAAGACUCCUACAGCUACAACUACGACGAUCCCACUUCCACGUUCACUUGUGGAACCGGCUCCAACUACGAAGUCACUUUCUGUCCUGGCAACGGACUGGUGAGCGACGAAUGAUCUGGCUCUUGUACACACUAAGCAAUCAUAGGUUCCAAAGAGGAUCGGAUGACUUUCAUCCCGAUGUUCCCUCGAUAGCGAAGGAAUAAAGCAUUAGACGCCUGCUUGAGGUUGUUACGAAUGGCUAAUGUGUACUUUUGCUUCUGCACAUUCAAUAGAAGACCUGAAAGCUGAACUGAACCGUGUAAUCUCAAAUUUGAAUCGCUUGAUUCACAAAAAAGC